ACAGGGAGCGCCCGGCACCCCCUGUCCAGGCUGUUCGGCGGGAUGGCGGCGGGGCUGCGAUCUGCGCCCUAAGGAGCCGCUGGGCUCAAUCGGCGGAGCCGGGCGCGGCCCAGACCCGGCUCAGCCCCGCUCCGUCGCCGCUCCGGGGUUCUCCUCGCCUCCCCGCCCCAUCCCCCCCCCGGCCACCGCAGCAGGCAUGGGCUGUUUCUGCGCGGUCCCGGAGGAGUUUUACUGCGAAGUUUUGCUCCUGGACGAGUCCAAGCUGACCCUGACCACGCAGCAGCAGGGCAUCAAGAAGUCAACGAAAGGGUCGGUUGUCCUGGGCUACGUAUUUCGUCACUUAAACCUGGUGGAAAUAGAUUACUUUGGACUGCGCUACUGUGACCGAAGUCACCAAACAUACUGGCUGGAUCCUGCAAAGACGCUUGCUGAACAUAAAGAAUUGAUAAACACUGGACCACCAUACACUCUGUAUUUUGGCAUUAAAUUUUAUGCAGAGGAUCCGUGCAAACUUAAAGAAGAAAUAACAAGGUAUCAGUUUUUCUUGCAGGUAAAGCAAGAUGUUUUACAGGGUCGUUUACCUUGUCCAAUCAACACUGCAGCACAGCUGGGAGCAUAUAUAAUUCAGUCUGAGCUGGGGGACUAUGACCCGUACAAGCACACCGCAGGCUAUGUCUCAGAGUACCGCUUUGUCCCAGACCAGAAGGAAGAGCUGGAGGAUGCCAUAGAGCAGAUACACAAAACUCUGAUGGGUCAAGUUCCUGCUGAGGCAGAAGUAAACUACUUAGGUGUGGCCAAAUCCCUGGAAAUGUAUGGAGUUGAUCUCCAUCCUGUUUAUGGUGAAAACAAAUCUGAAUACUUUUUAGGAUUAACACCCAUAGGAGUUGUUGUCUACAAGAAUAAAAAACAAGUAGGAAAAUAUUUCUGGCCUAGAAUUACAAAAGUUCACUUCAAGGAAACACAGUUUGAACUUAGAGUCCUGGGAAAAGAUUGCAAUGAAACUUCCUUCUUUUUUGAAGCACGUAACAAGGUCACCUGCAAACAUCUCUGGAAAUGCUGUGUAGAGCAUCAUACCUUUUUCAGAGUGCCAGAGAAUGAAUCAAACUCUCUGUCAAGAAAAGUCAGCAAGUUUGGAUCCAUAGGUUAUAAACAUCGGUACAGAUGUUUUCCCAUGACUUUUUUUGUGUUUUCAAGUGGCAAAACAUCUUUGCGAAUGACCAGAGACCCCUCAGUGCAGCUCCCGCGGCCUGACCAAAGCAUUGAAAGAAGUCGCAGCAAGACUUACCCCAAAAGAACACAACAAACAGGUUCUAAAAACAUGAGCCAGAUUACAACAAAUGGGGAAAAUGAAGGAACCACCAAAAUUAUUGCACCUUCUCCAGUGAAAAGCUUGAAAAAGAUGAAAAAUGAAAACAGUCCAGAAGCCCAAAGAAAUAAAUCAAGUGCUCCAUGGGAGGAAAAUGGUCCACAGAGUGGACUGUAUAAUUCCCCCAAUGACCGCAACAAAUCACCAAAGUUUCCUUACUCUCACCGAAGGAACCCAUCAGGUGGCAGCGAGAAUGAGUCUGGGCAACCAGUGCGGAGGAGAUCUCAGUCUCGCUGUAACACCAGCAGUGGCAGCGAAUCAGAAAAUUCCAGCAGGGAACAUCGGAAGAAGAGAAACAGAUUACGGCAAGAGAAUGAUAUGGUUGACUCAGCUCCUCAGUGGGAAGCUGUGCUGCGGCGACAGAAGGGGAAAACCCAGGCAGAUCCAAACUACCGGCGAUCUAGGCACAGAUCUCGAUCGAGAAGCCCAGAUGUACAAGCUAAAGAAGAACUGUGGAAACAUAUUCAGAAGGAGCUUGUGGAUCCAUCUGGCCUAUCUGAAGAGCAGUUGAAAGAAAUUCCAUACACUAAAGUAGAGACUCAAGGCGACCCGAUCCGCAUUAGGCAUUCACAUUCCCCUCGAAGCUACCGUCAAUAUCGGCGGUCCCAGUGCUCUGAUGGUGAAAGAUCUGUCCUCUCUGAAGUGAAUGUUAAAACUGAUCUAGUCCCUCCACUACCUGUUACACGAUCUUCAGAUGUGAAAGGUCCCAGCAUCCAAUUGACUCAACAGGGACUGAAUGGAUCUAAAGACAGUCUAAUAGAAGACACAUCUCAGCCAUCCCCUAAUAAUGUUGUUGGAAAGCCCACCACUAAGAUCAUAAAAACUGUACGGGUGUCACGCUUCAAGGUGGAGACUUGACUGGUGAAUUGAAGAUGGUGCAUGGAUUUUAGUGUUUGAAGCUGAGAAUUUGUUUAUGUGUGCAAGGGAAGGAACUGACGUCGACAUGGUAAUAACUUCUUCAGGACACCUGGAAGUGCAGCCUGCUUGCUGGGAAGACCAAGCAAUGCUUUUAUCACUGACUGGGUAUCACAUUCUAGUGAUGUGACUGAUUGAGGAGAAGCUGCCUGGUAGACAACCAAAAAGAAAAGUCCUAGUAAAACUGAAUGAUCAGCAUUUACAUUUCCAAAAAAUGAACAACAAAAAAAAAAAGAAAAAGAAAAAAAAUUGCUGCAACAAAACAGGCUUCAUGGUCUGCUCUGUAAGUGAAUAGCCUUGUUCCAAAGUGACUGUUAAUUGACACGAUCAGGACCAGAUUCUUCAAGAUAAGUAAAACAGUUGUAUUUUUGGUCAAUUGUGCAAUACAGUGUGAUAUGGGGAGAAUUAUCUUCAUGAUUUUAUAUGGGGAUCAACUUAUGUCCUGAGACAUAAGGACUGAUAGCUCUUACAAGGUUUAUUUUAGCCUAGCACAGUAACAGAUGUCAUGUUUCUAUUACAAAUUUUGAAUCAAAAAUAACAGACUCAGUAACACUCUGCAGCAGUGAGUUCCAGAGAUGAUACAGAUUUACUUUCCCUUGACAGUUUUAAGUGUUCUAAAUUUUGAAUGUCCUUUUAUGUAGAGGGACUAUUUAAUUGAACAUUCCAUAGCCUAGAAAUACAUUUACCAACUUAUAGUAAAGCACACUGGAAACAAACUGGAGAAUAUGUACUGACCCACUGUAUCAAGAACUGCUUAGCAAGUGCUGGUUAAAUGAAACUUGUGGAGUAGUAUUUAAGACAGCUAGGAAAUAGCCUUUUUGAUUUUUAGUUUUUAACUAAAUUAGCAAAAUCUGCCUUAAUCUCCUGUCAUAUAAAAUAAUCUGUCACUUUUCUCUGAGCCAUUUCUACUACGUUAAAGUGACAAAGGCAGUAUUUCAGGUGUGAUAACUACAAUUGUUUUUUUCUAUUGUCAUGGUAGGAAUACUAAGUUUCAAUGAUGCUGCACAUUGAGUGGGUUAUCUGUCAGUAUGUAUCUGAAGUGAUGCCUGACUCUUCUCUUGUCCUAUCACUCUGUACAAAUAUCUGAAAGUCAUUCCUCUGCCUCCCAUUUGUCCACAGUCAGCACAUGUAUGAGCCUUCUGGUGUUGCGCACUUCUAAGAAGCUUAGCAAAGUCUUUAUUUUUUUGUAAUUUUUGCUAAGUGUAAUCCUCAAACUAAAUACUGAAUUUGUCAAACAGGAUUGUAAAUGGCUUCAGUAGCUCAUGUGCCUUUCUACAUCUGUCCUCCUUACACUCAACUCUUAUGACCUACAGUGAUUUACAGUGAUCCUGUGUUUUGUAGCCCAAGCAAGACUGUACCAGGGAACUGCAGCCCUGUCAGAAAAGCAAUACUGUUUGAGAACUGCAGUAAGCAUAAGGGAUUACCAAUACACAUUUUAACUAACAAAACUGAUAAGUGAAGCCUUGUAUGAUGUGUUUUAUUUUCCACUUCAUUUUUUGAUCCUUUUUUGUUUCAUGAUCUGAGGUGGCCAGGUGGAUGUUACUAGCCAUGGCAGUAGCCAUACAGUUCAUGUAUUCCUAUCACAGUAUAAAUUGGUCCGCAGGUUGGGAAAUGCCGCAAUCUGCCAGGGAAGAAGGAUUCACUCAAUAAAUACUAUUCUUUGAUCACUUACUUUGGACAGUUCUGCUUCUUCAGCCUCAGUGAACAAAUCUAAGGGAAGGAAAGAGUGAAAAGUCCUCUGUGGUAAAAAUUCUGUUAUCACGGAGGUUCUUCAGAAUUUUCUGAAUUUACUACAGAUUUUAUCCUAGAACAUCGUUGGGCUUUCCUUAAAGUAUUUGAUCAUUUUUUUUAAGUCUGUAAAAUGGUUUUAUUGUCAUUGCUCCAACUUAAAGUGAUCCUUUAGGAUUUAUUUAUGAUCUUGUGUAGUAUUCUCACAGGCAACAGUUAAAAAAAGCACAAACAAAACAAAAAGAAAAAACCCCACCCCAAGCCCCCCCAAAAAAACCGCCAAAAAACCCCCCA